AUGGUCUCCCUCAAGAGCCUCACUCUCCUCUUCACGGACCCGCGUGUCCUCUAUGCGCGCACGGUCGAGCUCACCCUGUCGGACAACAUCCUCCUCGCCACGUGGGAAAACUACUCCCCCGAGCCUCCACCAGUGUACUUCCCGAUCUACCGGUCGACAGACCACGGCGCGACCUGGAAGCACAUCUCCAACUGCACCGACCAGGUCAACGGCUGGGGCCUGCGGUACCAACCUUUCCUGUACGAGCUUCCCGUCGACUAUGCUGGCUUCGACAAGGGGACUGUUCUGCUCGCGGGGAACAGCAUACCGACGAACUUGAGCAACACGCAGAUCGAUCUGUAUGCGAGCCGGGACAAAGGAGAGACUUGGGAGUUUGUGAGCCAUGUUGCGGCUGGGGGCGAGGCUUUGCCGGAUAAUGGGCUGACGCCUGUCUGGGAGCCUUUUAUUAUGAUGUACGACAACCAAGUCAUCAUCUACUACUCGGACCAGCGCCUCAACGCAACCUACGGCCAGCGCCUGGUGCACCAGACCAGCACCGACCUCCGCAACUGGGGCUCCGUCGUCCCAGACGUCGAAUACCCCGUCUACACCGACCGCCCCGGCAUGACCACCGUCACGCAGCUGCCCAGCGGCGACUACAUAAUGACCUACGAGUGGGGCCACUACACCAACGUCACGGCGGGCACCUACCUCUUCCCCGUUACCUACCGCAUCAACGCCAACCCGCUACGGUUCAACGAGUCCGUCGGUCAGCCCAUCGUGGCCGCCAACACAGGCAACGUCCCGCUCGGGUCGCCCUACAUCACGUGGAGCUCGGUCGGCGGCGAGAACGGGACCAUCAUCGUGAGCUCGGGCGGGGCCAGCACGGUGUUCACCAAUACCAAGCUUGGGGAUCCCAGUGCCUGGGAGGAGAAGGAGACGACGGCGCCGACGAGCUAUACGCGGCACCUGCGGGUGUUCAAGGAGAACCAGGAUCGGUUGUUGAUUAUGGGGGGUGGGGCGUUGCCGCCGAGCACGACGAAUAAUGUGAGCUUGUCGAUUUUGAGUAUAGAAGGGUUGCAGAGUGCAUAG